AUGGAGAACCAAAGCAGCAUUGUCCUCGUGGACAACACUGCCCCCACUCAGCGGUCCGAUGACCUCUCGCGGCGUACAACUGGACACGAUCCCCAAGGCAGCCUGUCGCGGCAUUUGACUCGAGUAUCAGUGACGAAUCAGCUUGCCAAACGAAAAUAUGCCAAAUGGCAACCAGAGAGACUAGGAAUUCCGAGCGAUACCGACACUCCGAUUACCAGAGAGUCAUCGCGAGCGCGAGGUUCAUCCGUCUCAGAGGGCAGUGUGACCCAACAGCGAAGCGGACGAUCCCCGCCGGACGACGCGGGCAGGGAUGUCGACUCGACGGACUUUGCCCCCUCUCGAGUCCAAAGCAGACAUAAUCAUACGAAUAGUGUCCAAUCAGCUGGAUCUGCGCAGCAGCAGCAGCAGCAACAACAACAACAGACCAAUGAGUCUUCCGAUGAAAGCAGCAAGCCAGUCUCAGAGCUGGACAUUCUCUACGAGAACCAACGUGGCUGGUUCCUAUUCGGGAUUCCGCGCUACUCCCACGGCUCACUGCUAAAUCUCGAUCCCGGCGCCUGGAUGACUCCAGACCGGAGGGAAAGCCCCGUGAACAUCACCAAUGCGCAAGUCCCAGAUCCCAGCUGGGAAUGGGCCUGGCGGGCCUGGUAUGUCGACAUGUCGGGGGACGUGGACGAGCAGGGCUGGCAGUACUCAUUCUCGUUUGGGUCGUCGGCAUGGCAUGGCACGCAGCCCUGGUUCCACUCAUUUGUCCGUCGCAGGCGAUGGGUUAGACUUCGGACUAAGAUUGCGGCGAAACAUCGCGUUCGGUCCGAUUUUGAGAAGGCUCAUAUGCUGACCGAAGACUACUUUACUAUCCAUUCUUCCAAGGGCCAUAGCCGUGAGCAGAGCUCUGCGAGCCUAUCCAAGCUGGCCUCGGGCUAUUUGAGUCGCGCCACUACGAAGGUGGCUGAAGAUGCACCCCCCGAGGAGAUUGGGGACAUCCCUACCUUGAUGUACGCGUUGAAGCGGACUUCGAUCGACCGGGAGAAAGUCGAUGUCCUGAGGAAGUUCGUCCAGGAAGGAGGCGAGGAGCUGUACUAUUUGAAUGACAAGAUCCCGGAGAUCAUGUCUAUGUUCCUCUUCCAAGCGUCUCGAUGGCAGUUUGUUUCGCAUCUUGUCAGCGUCGUCAAUGAGCUAUCCAAGACAGCCGCGGAUCAGGAUGGAGACGGCAAGGACGCCGAUCAGAUCAAGCGCAAGCAGGACAACCUUGCCCGCGCGGCGGAGACGUGUCGGCUGCACAUCACAGGCCCGGAUGUCUUUGCCGAUGACCAGGGCGAAUCAGUGACGGGAAUGCUGGAUUUGACACCCGUGUCUCGACAAGAUACUCUGCUGUCAAAACGACCGAAGUUGCCCUCUCCUCAGCUGUCGCACAAGGGGAAGGGGAAGGACAUCCAUGGAAUUCCCAUGGCAGCGGAGCUCGUCUUUCCCUCCUCCCGCCACGCCUCAGAUGCUCCAGCAUCGAUCCCCAUGUUCUCGUGUGGCCGCCCGUGUCUAAGAAGGCGAGGUCUGUCUGCCCUCUUGGACACCGUCGUGGCUGGCCCCGAUGAACCUCUCCUCUUCCUCUACCCGCGCUGGGCUACGACCGCCGUGCGACAGCGAAGACCAAUCACUUCUCUGAACCCGGUCGCAGCUCCGACAAGGAACCGUCAAGCUCUUGGCUCCCUUUGCCGCCCAACUAUCAGGUCGUGCCCUGUACCAUCGCUCUGCCGGCAGAACAGUCAACCGCUCUCGCCCAGCUCCGGUGAUAAUUCUCAAGAUGUCCCAGGUCUGGAUGGACCUCCUAUUGCGGAUGGAAUUGAUCUCAGAUAUCGGAGAAGAAGGGCGGCGGCGAGGACGUCAACCAAAGACUCCUCCACUCGGCAGAAAUCCUCGUUCAAUAUCUUCGCCGACAUGGAGGAUGUUGAGAACCGUGCGGUCAGGCCACCUAUAUCAUCUGGACGGAGAAAGGCUUUGAAGGUCUCGCGAUUCAAAUCCGUCAUACAAAGGUCCGCCGAGGACAAGAGUACAAUGUGGAAGCUGUCCCCCGAGGACCGAAGGAAAUUACGGAACGCAAGAUUUCUCAGAAUGCAGAAUAUCCAACGAAAUCAGAGAGACAUUACCUGGAACAGGGUGAAGAUGCUUCUGCAGUGGAUACAACAAAACUCCCGCCCAUGGAGCAGGAAAGGCGACAGGCACUUGGAGAUGCAAGUACCCGAAGAGACCGUCGCUCUGCUCUCUGGAAUGACAGACACGGCGAUGAAGGAGAAUAUCUGGUAUUGGGCCGUGCACCAUGGAUGCCGCGUGCAUAUAUUCUCCCCGAAGAUAGGUAAUGGGACACAUCGCAAAGUUAUUCUGUCGGGCUCCGAGCACGUUUUGGAGCUCGUUAGCGAGCGAAUCGAUCGCAUCCAAAGCCUCCAGGCCAGUCGAGACCCUCGAGUCGAUAUUGUCACGCCGCGAAUCCCUUUGGUUACCUCCACGGAGGCUUUGCGGCGCCGAAGUCUCCCGGUGCCAGUCCCACGUGGGGUGUGGAACAUCAAGCAAGCGGCAAAGAAGCCGAAGCCGCUAGAUAAAGUUCUGGCGGCUCGUCCAAGUCUCAGUACAGUAAGAGAGUUUACCGAGUAUAUCGAGGACCUUACGCAUGCUACGGAGCCUAGUCAGAAAGCCAAUCGUGACCCGAGCAUCCCAUAUCAGGAACAAAUUGCGCAGGAGAUUAUGGUGCUUUUUCGAGAAGACUCAAUUCGCAAAUGCCUCUCGACUGCCGCAUUAAACCGCGCACUGAUCUUCCUGUGUGAUCAUCAACGCCUUCGCCGCGCCCGUGUCGUGUUCUCGAUAGCCGAACAUGUUGCGACUGCAGACACGUAUAACAUUCUGUUGCGGUCAGCUGCGCAACAUCAGCAUCUGCAUGUGUUCAAGUGGCUUCUUCUGUCCAUGUGGCGAGUGCACAUUCGCCCAAAUCCAGAUACAUGGCUGGCGCUGCUGGAGGCCUUAGUGAAUCCCCAUGAGAAAGCCGCUUUGAUGGCUCAAAUGGCCCAGUUGGGAUACUUGAAAGAUACCAGUACAAUUCGGCGUGCGCUCCAACUCACCGUACAAAAUUCACUCCUCGUGCAUUUGGAGAGCGGUCAAGGCAUUGACGUCUUCGUCAAUUCCAUGGUCACUACCCACGGCACCAACUGGUUUUCUCCAUCUCUACUGAGGGAUAUGUUCAGUGUGAUUGCCAGACUGCGAGAUUUCGACUCUGCAGAACGGUUGCUGGAGAUUUGCACUCAGCAUAAUCUCCUCGUCGACAGCUCUUCCCUCGCUGAAAUCGUGUACAUGUGCCGUCGGGACAUCUUCUCUGCCCUCUACUUCACAAAGCUAUUCUUGGAACGCCCUUCCUUCCGCUUAUCGAGCAGAACUUGGGAGCGACUGUUCCUGGUCGCCUUCAAGGGCCGCCACUACAAUAUCUGCCGAGUCCUUUGGCGAUACGCCUGCAUGAACAAAGCCGUCUCGCACAACAUGAAACGCGCCGUCCUCAGCUCCCUCUCUCGCAACGUGUCUAUAAAAAACAAAGACUUGCUCACCAACUGCUUUCUCCGAAGAGCCGGCAAAGUCAUCAUUGGCGUCCCUGGAAAUAAUAAAAGAGCUACAUUCAAAGAAUCAACCCUCAACGACCUACCCAGCGAGUUCCACGCCAACCCCAUUUCCUAUUUCAGGAGAGGCUUCCUGGCCGGAUGGGAAGAGCGGUCUCGCCAGCUCCGCCUCGCCAAGGCCCUCGUGGCCCGCGACAUCGACCUCGGUGCCAGCCUAUAUCGGCCCAAGCAGCCCCUGAAUCUCAUGCUGGAUGCUGCGGCGACAUUGGAUCGUGAAUGGCGCGAUAAACUGCACGGACUGCGUGGAUUGACCUUCCUUCUGGAUCAUAUCAUCGAGGUGCCUGUGUGGCGGUAUGGACUCACCAAGAGCAAGAGGGCCGACAAGGCGCGCCGUGAAGGAGCUCAGGCAGAAUAUCCUGUUCUGAUCACUUGA